AUGCGGCAACCCAAAUUGUGUGCCCCUAGGGAACAAAAAGCAGGGGUUUUAAAAGACCAAAGAGAGUGCUUCUAUGAGUUGUUGACAAAUAAUUUUGAUUGGUUGGACAGACAACUAACCUUGGCCGAACAUAAUGGGUUGCUAAGGCUGUCACGAAGCAAAGCAGCAAAUCACAGGUGCUUGGGGUGUCUUUGGAAUCUCUGCAACUUGGACCAGUUCAGUAGUUCAUGGCUCCGUCUGCUGAGGACACAACUUAUCGAGGCUGCUUUGAAUGAAGGUGAAACCCCCAGUUUGAUCUCAGACGAAACCAUCAUUUUAGAACCAGGUGGUGGUUAUAAAGGCACAGAAGCUCUUCCAAAGUCGCAGUCUGCAGCCUUCGUUUUCACCCACAGAAGGCAGGGACGAGCAGAGGGGGCCGGGAUGCCCUGGGUUUGGAGCACAGCCUGGAAGGGCAGCCUAGGUCAUUCUGUGUCAUUUUCCACAAUGGGUUACUUCCUUACAAGAACAGUCAAAGAAAGAGCUUGGGGAACAACAGAAACCAGGUGCUGCUUUACAAAUAAAAUUCUUCCCCUGAAAAAUGGUGUUGGGCAUGUUACCUGAAACUGCAUUCCUCUCCUGCAGUCAAGGCAAAAGUCACAAGCAAGCCGAAGAACAGGAAAGGGAAGGUUAUACUUGCAACAUGCAAAGGAGGACACUGGGUAUUUCCCUAAACAGCGUCUCCUUGGACAACAAAACUGGGUAAGUGUGGAGCUAAGGCCUCCUUCUAGCUACUGUGUGGACAGUGGAUCAUGGGGGCGAAAGUGGAACCAGGAGAAUCAUUGCCAUUUCCAGCAUUUAGACACUGCUCUUAAUCUUGUGUCCCUCAGCCAUGACUUCAUGCAUGACUCAGCAUGAAGAUUUUCCUGUUUUCGAGAUUAUCAGCAACUACACUGGAUGUGGACAUUUCCUACCAAACAGCUCUCUUUGGGAUUAAGAGACGACUUUCGUUUCAGGAUUCUCAAUAACGAACAUGAGUGAACGUACAGCAGAUGAAUCUUGGGAUGGCCGAGAACCAGCCCUCGCUGGCUCUGAAGUGCUCCCCUCUGUGCAGAGACAAAGUGGACCUCGGCCAGACUCACCAGCAUGAACUGAACCCCACUGUUCACAGCAGUUUGUAGCACAAGCCUCACUGAGUCUGCUUGAGUUGGCAACAUUAAAAGAAACUCGGCCCUUGUUAAUUAUGAGGGCUAAAUGCCCCAUCCUGUUUUUUCCAGACUCCACUUUGAAAAAAAGGGAAUAUUUCUAAUUCUCAAGGAGUUAAUAAAACACACCUCUCAAAGAGAAUGAAUAUGAAAGCUUUUGGAUUUGCAUGCUGCCAAUCACAUCUGAAAUGUAAGCGUCAGGAAAGGGCCUUUCCUAUACCCGGCUAAUUAAUAAGAAAUUGUUUUAUUCUUCUCUUUAAAAAGGUUACAUUUCCCGGGGCGCCUGGGUGGCUCUGUCACUGAGCGUCUGCCUU